UACUCGCGUUUAAGUGCCUCAGGCAAUUCAAUCAUUCACCAACAUGCUCACAAUGGAGGCACUACUUGUGCUCAUUGCUGCAUCAAUUCUUUUCCUCCUCGUCUUCCAAACUUCUCGGAGAAACUCAAAGCCAAAGCCCAGUAAUAUUCCGCCCGGAGACAUGGGUUGGCCUUUCGUCGGAGAAACUCUCAUGUUCAUGAAGCCUUCUUUGUCAACCACUGUCGGGGAUUUCAUGGAGCAACAUAUGGCAAGAUUCGGGAAGAUAUUUGUGUCCAACCUCUUUGGCAAACCCAUAGUCGUGUCGGCUGAGCCUGAGUUGAAUCAGUUUCUGUUCAAGAAUGAUACAAAGAUGUUUGAGCCGGGCUGGCCUAAAUCUUUUUUAGAAAUUGUCGGGAAAUCAUCCAUAUCUUUCUUGGUUGGAGAUGCACACAAGCAUAUGAGAUCGAUCAUUGUUGAAUUCUUGAGCACUGAGAAGAUUCGAAACUUGUUCUUGCAAGAUAUGGAGAACAUGGCUUCCUUCAUUAUGAGUUCAUGGAAGGAUGGCACUACAAUAUCUUCUUUGGAUGAAGCAACCAAGUUUUCGUUUUACAUCAUGGUGAAGAACAUCUUGAGCAUCGGACCAGAGGAUCAUCUGAUUGAGAGAUUGCGCAAAGAGUACAACACAUUCACAAGAGGCCUUGUUUCUUUUCCACUCAAAAUACCCGGUACAAGAUAUUGGAAGGGUCUAAAGUCGAGGAGAAUUCUCCUUGAAAUUCUAUUCCAAGAGAUAGAAGAGAGGAGAAUAGCGAGCGGCGACAAAGGAGGAUCAAAGAAGAAGGAUGACUUCCUUGGUUGGGUGAUCAAGAACACAGACUACUCUAUUGAGAAGAUUGGCGACAUGAUGCUGCAUACUCUUUUUGCAGCUCAUGACACUUCCUCCAGAGCCAUCUGCUUGAUGAUCUAUUUCCUUGACAACUGCCCAAAAGCCAUUGCAGAACUGAAGGAAGAAUUUGCUGGUGUGAUCACAUCAAAGCAACAAAGCGGAGGGAGUAAACUGACCUACGAGGACUACAAAUCAAUGAACUUCACUCAGUCUGUUAUCAGUGAGACAUUAAGGCUCGGAAACAUUGUCAGCCACAUCCAGAGGAAGGUGUCCACAGACAUCCACUUCAAAGGUUUUCUGAUUCCAAAGGGAUACCAUUUCGCUGCCCACUUCAGUGCUGUGCACUUGGACCCCGAGCUGUUCGAAGAUCCUCAGCGGUUCGAUCCAUGGAGGUGGCUAAUUGGGUCUUCUUGUGGGCUGAAGAGGAGGAGCAGCAGUGAGUUCAUGCCGUUUGGUGGGGGAGCACGGCACUGCCCUGGGGCAGAGAUUGCGAGGCUGGAGAUGGCAGUCUUCCUGCACCACCUCGUCAGGAACUAUGACUGGGCUGUGGCUGAACCUGACCGCCCCAUGAAGGUGCCCUACGUUGACUUCUAUAAUGGUCUACCAAUCAGAGUUCGUAGGGUGACUAAUUGACGACAUGAAUUCAUGUGGUGGAAGCCUAUGGAAGAUAAAGGAGAUAUGGUUUCUUAGGAUACAUGAAAGACAUUGUAUGCACUUAAAUAAUCCUUUAAAGGUAAAUAUUGGCGUCCCAGUCAGGGUGCUGGUAAU